AUGCAUUUCUCCCCUUUUUUGCUGCCCCUGGCGGCUUCGCUUGUCGCGGCAGUACCGUCUGCUCGCACCUCGAAUGCAUCGAGCAUGCCCAAGGUGUCUCUUGAUUACAGCACAAUUCUAGCAGUCGCAGGUAACGAGACACUUGGAUACUACAAAUAUCAAAACAUUCGGUUUGCCGCGGUGCCUACUGGAAAUCUUCGCUUCUCCAAACCAGAGUGGCCUUCGGUCGAAUCCAUCAUCAACAAUGGAACAACCUAUGCGAGUCAGGAUGUGGAUUGUGGCUCAUCUGAAGAUUGUCUCUAUAUGGAUGUCUGGGCCCCUGCCAAUGCAAAGGGCAAGAACCUCCCUGUAGUGGUAUGGACCUACGGUGGUGGAUUCACCAGCGGUUCCAAGUCUAAGAGCACCCCCGAGGGUCUAUUCGAUCUUUCCAAGGGAUUCAUCUUUGUUGCUUUCAACUACCGGCUCGGAAUAACCGGUGUCGCCAAUUCAGUGACUGCUGUUCAUCAGGGUGCGACCGACAACGUCGCCCUCUACGAUGUGGAACAUGCCUACAGAUGGGUGAAGAAGUACAUCGGCAAGUUCGGUGGUAACCCCGACGAUAUCACCGCUGUCGGAUUCUCCGCCGGUGCUAGCAUGCACCUUUUUAUGAUGACCCGCUACGGAGGCCACAAUGAGCAACUAUACAACAAGGCAUACCUUGCCUCUCCGGGCUUCGUGCCCGGUGCCGGCCACCACCAAGGUGAAAUGUUUUGGCAGAAUGUCUCUCGUGCAGCUGGCUGCAGUGGCGGCGAUCUCUCAUGCAUGCGCAAGGUCCCGUUCGCAAACCUAACAGACAUCGCCAGUGAUGUCCAUGAUCAAUACGGAUAUCAGUUCCAGCCUCGGGUCGAUGGUGACUUCAUGGCCGACACUUAUGAGUCUCAGCUUUACCAAGGACGUUUCAACUUCACCGGACCUCUCGUCAUUACACACGAGCAGCAUGAGAAUAAUGGCUCUCCAACAUCCGGUGUCAACACCACCGCCGAUAUGAGAAGCGAGCUGCGCAAUUUCUUCCCGGCCAUCACAGAAGAUGCCAUUGAUGAGAUCUUGGAACUGUACCCCGAAUCCGACUAUACUAGCCCCGGGUACCGCUUUGCCGAUAUCAGACAGUCGUUCGACCUGACCUCUCAUGACUACGCUCUUACUCGGGCAUUGAACAACAAUACCUGGAACGCCAUGGUUGCUCUGAAUCAAGCUACCCAUGGAACUGACCAGAGCUACUACUGGUACAAGACCUACUCCCUUUUGCCAAGUUCGAGUGCUCAAGCCCAGCCUGCUGCUGGCUCCGGUGUCACAAUCGCCGGCAGUAUCUCGGCUGACCCUGCCAUUGCUCGCAAGAUGCAAAAGUAUCUUCUCUCCUUUAUUUUGACUGGUAAUCCCAACUCUAAGUGGGCGAGCGACAAAAUCCACUGGCCCAAGUACGGCUCUAAUGCCACCGAGAUUGUCUUCAAUUCGACAAUGUAUACCAUGGAGGAUGAUCUUGCCAACGCUAAAAGCUUGUUUUGGAACAAGGCUCUUUGGUACUAG